AUGUAAAAAGUGAAUAUUGAAUUGAGACCAAGCCCUAGAAAAUUUACUAAGCAAAUUAGCAGCAAGAGUGAAUCAGCUUCGAGAUUAUCAGAAAUAUCAGAUGAUGCCUGUAGAUAAAUGAUUGACUUUGAUCGAGGAAAAUAAACCUCUCGUAGUAUAUCUAUUUAGCCUAGAAUUAUAAAUUAAGAACAGGCGAAUAACUUGUCUAGGAUAUCUGAUGAUAAUAACACUAUUAAUAACACAUUUUAAACAAUAAAAUUCAAAAGCAAAUUGAUUCAGUCAAAUUUAGUGAAAGUAAUUAAAGCUGAGAAAAUUAAAUAAUAAUUUAUAAAUAAUUUGUUUACGAACACCUACAUAUUAAAGUAAAAUAAAAGGCAACUAAUUCAUGAUAAAUACAUUGAAGAAAAUAACAAAUAACCUAUAUUAGACACAUAUACUUAAUCGCGAAUACCAGUGAUAUAACCAACAUGUGGAUUCAUUAUAUUUUGGAAUGCUGUUGGAAUCAUCUUUAAUUUUAUUAUAUUAUGGCUGACUCCAUUUUUAUUGUCAUUUCAAUAGAAUUAAAAUGAAAUUUAGCUUUCUUCCUUAAAGCUAUCAAUUAUUAUAUUUUUAAUUAGUGACAUAUUGAUUUCCCUAAACAAAGGUAUUAUCAUUUAGGGAAUAUUAAUAUCGAAACGAAAAACUUUGAUAUAAAAGUAUCUCCAAACCAAUUUUAUAAAUGACAUACUUAAUUUAAUAUUAUGGAUAUUAAUUUAGCAGAAUCUACUGACAUAUCAAGUGUUUGGAGAAUGCUUGACAUUUGCUUAGCUGAUUGUAACUUACAAAAAAAUCGAUAGAUACUUGUCGGAUUAUUUUGAAUUCGUAUUCUUCAAAGGGAUUUCAAAUAGUCUAAUGGAUUUACUAAGCCUAAUACUUUCUAUUUAUUUGCUUGCUCACAUUGUUGCAUGCUUUUGGCAUUAUGUUGGAGUAAAAUCAAUGGAAACAUCAUGGCUCAUUAAGUAUGAAUUGUUGAAUGAACCUAUAUGGAGAUAAUAUAAUUAUGCGUUUUAUUGGGCAACCAUGACAAUGACGACUAUAGGAUAUGGCGAUGUUACAGCUUAAAGUUAAUUAGAACUUAUUUUUGUCGACAUUAUUAUGUUUUUAUCUAGCGGAGUUUUUGCAUACUCAAUGAAUUAAAUUGGUAUUAUCUUAAAAAACUUAUAAGACUCAAAAUUGAAAUACAAAAGAUCCAUCUUAAAAAUGAAUACAUUUAUGAAUAAAAAUUAAGUAGAACCUAAAAUAUAGAGUAGAAUAAGAAAUUAUUUAAAAUACUAUAUCAAUUAAGAGCAAAAUGAAAAUUAAGAUGAUGUCGACAAUCUGAUUUCUAUAUUGCCAUAAAAUUUAUAAUAGGAUUUAAAAGACGAUAUAUAAAUAAGAGUGAUUAAUUAAGUAAAAUCCGUAAUAGGACAGUUCUCAUAGAGAACUUAACAGUUAUUAUCAAAGAGUUUAUAAUUGAUAAAGUACUCUCCUGGAGAUUUCAUUUACAAAAGAGGAGAUAUUAUGGAAAAAAAUCUUUACUUUAUUAAAGAAGGUGAAAUUGAAAUAGUAGAGGAAAGAAGCAAAAUGAAAUUUAACAAAUUAUAAUAGAAUUAAACUUUUGGUUUUUAUUAGUUUUUUACUGAUUUUCCUCCAAAGACCUCAGCAAUAAGUACUGGAUUUUCUAAAGUUUAUACUAUUAGCAGAAAAAGUUUUAUAGAAAUUUUGUAAUUUAAUAGAAAAGAUUUUGAAACUUUUCAUAACAUAAAAGACUAAAUCAUUUUCAAUAAAAAUUAUAGAAUCUUUGAUUUAUGCUGUUAAUUUUGUGAUCGAUACAAUCAUCAAGAGAUCGAUUGCCCAGUUCUCAAUUAUUAUCCUGAUUUAGAACAAAGGUUAUUAAAGAAAACUUAAUAAUCUGUUAUAUUCUUAAGAUCGCCAAAAACUCGAUUGGGAAAUAAAAUUAAAAGCAUAAAAGAGUAACGAUAACUUUCUCAAUCUGUUACUAAAUUCUUAGAAGAUAAUUUUGGAUUCUAAUUAUCAAACUCUCUAUAAUUAGCGCUAGCAGCCCACAGCUCAUAAAGUAAUAGUUCUUCUGAGCUAAAUAAUGAAAUUAAAUAAACACAAAAAAUCAUUUUAAAUGAUGGAGAUCCUGAAAGAUUUCAUCUGCCGAUGGCUAAAAGUUUUGUAAGUAGAGCAAUUUUUCGAAGAGAGUAAUCUUUAAAUUAAGAAUAAGAAGUAUUAAAUUCUGGGAAAUCUUAAAAGCCAUAGAAAAAUAUUAUUAAAGAAUUCAAUAUGCUCGAUGUUCUUUUUAACAGUGCAAAAUUUCCCCAUCCAUCUAUAUAAUGUGAUUAAUGUGAGUCAUUUCAGAAUUACUUUCCUUCAGGGAAUGUGUCAUUUGUAAUUCAGAAAUUAGAAAAAGCCAAUUCAAAAUAUUAGAGAAAAAUAUUAAAGCAUAUCCAAACUAUGAAUAAGUACACAUUUUAUUAUAAUGUCAAAUUAAAAGCCUUAAAGCUAAGACUCUUUUAUUUAAAAAUUUGA